UGUCAGUCAACAAUGAUUCCAUGGACGAGAAGACCCCUGAAACGCGAUACCUGAAUAUUUGUUUCUGCCUGAGGAAGGCCUCUCCUGUGCACUUUCGAUUUCUAUCCUUGUUUGUCGCUGAAAGCCUUUGAUGUUCGUUUUCAUGCGCGCACCACUACUAAGAUUGACCCUCUCUGGCCUUCCCUCUGCAUGCGAGUUGCGAUGGCUAUAUAUUCCGCACUCUUAUUCUACUUUCCUCAUCGUGUCUUCAGCUCUAGACUCAAUUUCAACAUCUGGUCUCUUUCUGGAUUCCAUUAUUUUUCCUUUCUUCUUUAUCCUUAUCGUUGUAUUCCUGCUUCUCGAUCUUCAUUUCAUAUGUAUCUUCCAUUAUGUCUUAGACGACAUUAUGCUCUGUUUGUGAAACCGGCACUGUAAUAAUUUCCAUAUGUUUGCUACUCACGAUCAUGAGUUACUUUGUAUAUCCAGUACUGGUACUAUUGAACAUACACAAAAAGGAUUAUUUACCCCAA